ACCAAAAAGCAGUGAACACCGAAAACCUCUUGAGAAGUCGAUAUGAAGCAGUCCUCGCUUGUCAAAGCCUUGGUGUCUCUGUGUCUGCUGGCUGCAGAUGGAUUUUUAGUCACUGAGGAUGGCUCUCCAUCCAUCAUUGGGGCCGAGCGAGUCAAAUUUAGAGCUCGUCUAGGUCAGCCCCUGGUUCUUCAAUGUGAUGCAUUUACAAAUCGUGAACAUGGCGUGACGCUCGUCUACUGGCUCAUCAAUGGCUCUUUUCCUGAGGAUAUAUGCAACAGUAGCAGAAUAGUGGAAUCAAAUGAAUCAACGUUGAAGGAGAGUGUAAUCGUCCAGAGGAGUCUGCUCCUGAAGAACGUCACGACAGAGGAUUUCAAAUCCACCUUCGCCUGUGUUGUGAUGAACGCGGUGGGAGUGGCCCAAAAGCAUGUUAAAGUGACGGCAAAGGGACGACAUUGUUAUUAAAGAAAACCAUGGAAAACUUUGAUAAUUGGAUAAGUGGAUUUCUCUGGAAAGAAAGCAGGUUUCUAUUAAUAUAAUGUUGACUGGCGAGAGCAAUGCCAAAGAAUAGUAGGGAUGGAAAUGCACAAAUGAUGGUGCAUUUAGUUCCGCUUUAUAAUUUUCCUUCCUUGCAACACCACGUGUUCCCAUGUAAAAACUCCUAAAUAUCUGUGAAUGAAUAAACAAGGUGUGACUCAA